CUUCACCACUUUCUCCUCCUCCAGGUAUGUGCUUCCAUACUGCAAGCUCUUUAGAUGAUUUGGCUCGUUCCUCUGAUAAUUAAUCUCUUUGCACAAUUAUCAUUUUUUUUUAUCAUUUGUUUAUCGAUGCCACAUCACAACCUCCAUAAAAUUGAUUUUAUGGGAUUUUCCCUGCCCCCACACUGUAAAUUGUGGUAUGUAAAACGUAGAGCAAUUUAUCACUGACCAUUGCCCAGUUUUAUGUUAAUGUUUGAACAUGACCAUAAAACAAUUACAUCAUCUCACCUCUGGCCAACUUUUAAGGCAAAAGGACCAUAUAAAACCAGGCUCUGCUUGCAAGCAAGGUACCUUCUCUUGUGUUGGGAGCACAGAGAGCCUUUCCACCAUGAGCUUCACUGGAAAGUAUGAACUCCAGUCCCAGGAAAACUUUGAGCCCUUUAUGAAAGCCCUCGGGCUUCCUGAUGACCAGAUCCAGAAGGGCAAGGACAUCAAGAGCACCACAGAAAUUGUGCAGAAUGGGAAAAAGUUCAAGAUCACCACGACCACUGGCUCCAAAGUGCUGACAAAUGAGUUCACCGUUGGGGAGGAGUCUGAGAUUGAGAUGCCGACAGGACAGAAAGCAAAGGCUACUGUGCAGAUGGAGGGUAACAAACUGAUCACAGAGAUGAAAGGGAUGAAAUCCAUCACCGAGCUCAAUGGAGACACCAUCACCCAUACAAUGGUGUUGGGUGACCUCACCUACAAGAGAAUCAGCAAGAGAGUCUAGAAACCUUGCACAUACCAAUCAUUUUACUGUGUAAAAUGCAUCCAUUAAAAUAAAAUUUUUAUGAAAAACUU